UUAUUUUGAAAAUGUGAAGCAUGGCAUUCAUGAAGUAGAGAACCAAAACACGACGAAAAAAAGCUAAAAUAAAAUAAAAUGAAAGAAUUGAACAGAAUGACCGCUUGCUUUAUCGUAAAGGCUGUAUUUCCUUACUGGAUGUCGCAAAAGCCACAGAGCAAUCGCUUUCACGACCCGAGGUUAAACGUUUGGUUAGGCAUGCGUGUAUAGUGACCCCUUCGCUGUAUUUGAAUUGAAAGAAAAUCCAACCGAGAGAGAGGAUACAACUGGAGGCUCAAUAAAACUUACCAUCCCGGGCGCAAAUUCCAAUAUUAAUUAUCGGAAUUAAAAAGCCAGGGAUUUAUAAAUUAUCCGAUAAUAUGAGGAUUAAUGAUGCACCAUAUACGUGAGAAAUAUUUACAACAAAAUUGCUGAACAAAAUAUUUAUAACAACAAAUACAUGUUCAUAUGAGUGAUUGAUUUAUGGGACAAGAUCCUUUUAUUUUUAUUUCUGUUCUGUUCACUUCGAAAAAAAUAUCCAAUUAAAAAUCAUUAAAAGCCCUGCGAUGAGUGAAAUUCAAAAAACUCGAAAUUAUCUAGAAAAUGAUCUCACCCACAUCAGGUCGAUCAUCUCCCUGAGUUCGCGCUGCCCGUAAUCUCGAAAAAAAAACCCAGAAAUUCCAUCAUCAACGAAAGUGGGAGAUGUGACAUGCUAGAUGGGCCUGAAAAUGAAAAUAACGAAAUGAAAACAAUGUCGCGGAUUGCGCAAUCGUUAACUAGGGCGGAAACAAUUGUGGCGGGCAAGUGCGAAGCGCCGGAAGAGGCCACUGUGCCUCAACAAUUCCCCCUCUUGCGUUAUGAUUUCAUCUCUAGCAAGUGCCCCUCACCCAUGGCAUAACCAUAACGAUCUAAUUUCCCGGCUUUUGUCGGUCUGACUAGACAAUCAAAAUUCAAAAGCAGAACGAUCCCGAUAUUUCAAGUCAAAACUAAAAAUCGCACUCGGUCGGGAAACGUCGGUUUGCGCACGCUGGGCGGGAUAUAAAUAAAUCACCAGGUGGCGCCGUACUAAUGUUGUAAACAAACGUAUAGUUACCCCGUUAAAAUCAAUCGAUUCUCAUCAGCUGUCAGCAGCCGAACGAUUUCACUUCAAUAGCUCAUUAAAUUUGGCAGCGAAACGCGACCGAAAACUCGGGCACGAGGUUAAAACCUUUCUCGCGCAUUGCCAUUUAUAUUUUCCCCCCUCCGUCACAAAUUACAUAAUCCAACUACUUAACUCGGGUACAAGUUAGUUGUGCAUAAUGGUGGCACUGGUUUUUUUUUUCACGAUUGUGUCAUCGUAGUUUAAGUUGUGAACCGACAAGCGUCACGCCAUGACAGGCCCAGUGGCUCUGCAAGACAAACCAUCGGUCAGACAUUGCGCGGAAUAAUCGACUGAUUGUGAUCUCCCAGCGAGUGUCCCACAUGUGGUCUCCACCUUGCUAUUAUACCCCAUUGCGAUCAUCGGCCUUUGGUCAUUCUUUGGGAGGUCCUACAACAACUUGAGCAGUAUUUCGGAAUGCAAAAAUGGCGGCGAGUGUGUAAUAAACAAGAAGAAUCGUACGGCUUGUAAGGCCUGCAGAUUGCGAAAAUGUCUGCUGGUUGGAAUGUCAAAGUCUGGCUCGCGAUAUGGAAGACGAUCGAAUUGGUUUAAGAUCCACUGCCUUCUCCAGGAGCAGCAGCAACAGCAGCAGAAUCAGCUGACAGCCCAGAGACAUCAGACAAACAAUCCUAUGAGUUCGUCCAUGGGAUUGCACACGACACCGAGAAGUAAGGAAGACUCCAUCAUGCUGGGACUGGAUGAUUACAAGAACUCUACAUCUCCCUCGAUCAGUUCCCCAGAGUCGCAUAACAGCGACAGUUCGGUGGAGGUGUCCGAGAGGCGAGCAGCUUAUGGUCUGCAUCCAGGAUUCAGGCCACUCCAUCCACACUUGCCACCGUCCGAUCUGUCAGCACUUGGAAAGGAGAUGAUGGGCCUUCCUCUGGGCUUUCAUCUUGGUGGUAUGUCACUGAUCCCCCCGACCUUCCUGCCACCACCGAGCCUAGCCAUGUUCUCGCCCUAUCAUCUGUAUGCACCAGCUCAUUCAAGCCUCAUUCCAAAUCAUCCGUCAUCAGUUAGGUCGCCCAUCGGCAGCAGCAACACCACGACUAUUGGAUCAGUCGAUGAUUGUGGAAAUAACAACAAUGAUCGGUAUACACAUAAUAACAACACAUCGAAGGGGAAUGAGCCGAACAUUCCAGAGACGUGUCACAAGAGGUUCUACCUGGACGCGGUACUGAAGAGCCAGAGGACGUCAUCAAGUCACUCGUCAGCGUCUCAUAAGUCAAGAUCAGCUGACCCAUCACCGCGAACAAGUCCGGAUAGAGAACUACCCCAGGACAAUCCCAUUGAUCUCUCCAUGAAGACCAACGUGACGACAGCUAGUGAUGAAUCAGACGAGGACAUCGAUAUGGAGGACAGCGAUUGUGACAGUCCACCACUCAAGAGACGACCUAUUGAUCUUACGACGAGAUCGUAAUAGAAUAUGGGGAUCGCUCAUCACCAUCAGCUCGCGCCAUAAUCAGACGUAUGGUAAUAACAAUGAUAUCAAUUUGUUUGGCGGGGUAAUUAACCAUCGGAGGGAGAUCUCAAUGAGGAUAAACAAGCUGGUGGUUAAUGCUGAUGGUUGUACCCUGGCACGUGUUAAAUACGUGUUACAAGAAGCUGAGGUACACGUGUCCCAUGGAUGCAUUCAAGAACGUUUUAUCUUGCAACUUGGAAAGGACUUCGAUUCCCUGUCGAUGUUUUAAAGCUGUACACCUUCAUCGAGGGUCAUCUCUGUCUUAUUGAUUUUGUCCCUUGGUUUUUUUUAUUCGUUGAAGGAGUUUGAACGGAUUUUUUUUUACUCCCAGAGGAUCAACCGGUUUCCCAUGUCUGGGGGAAUCGUAACAGAUCGUGAAACAUCAUUUCUGGAUGAUUCAGUGAAACUUGGCAAUGAGUCUGCUGUGAAACACUAGUCUAUCUGCUGGUGAGAGGGGGGAUUAUGAGCUGGACAAUACAUUUACCACUAUGUUAUCCGUGGACACGAGCUCAUCUUGCCUUUACACAGGUUGGCUUUUAGCGGCUUGUACUUGUUUUGCAUUUUCGCUUCUUUAUUUUCAACCAGUCUUGGGUUUUUAAUUCAUGAGCUGGACGAAUCGCCUUGGAAACAUAUGAAAUUGCUCCAUCCUGAGUUGACAAACGAAAAUACGAUAGCGAUGGUGGCCAGGGGGGGGAGGGGAGAGAUGAGGGUGAGAAUGUGCAAUCGGCCCUUUAAGGGGAGUCCCACAAAUUUAUGAUUGUUAGGGUUAGGAAUAGCGUAAGCGGAAGACGAAGAAUUGUGUAAAUAUGGAGAUUUGUUGGGACCAAGGCCAGUUUGUUUUUAUCACGUGUAUAUAUUAGUUGAAAUGAUUUUAUCGCAUUGAUUUAAUUGUAAUUGUUAAUCAGAGUAAGUUAAGGCAUUAUGGAACGUCCAAAGACGUGAAUUAUCGCACUUUGUAUCCAGACGAGGCCGUUUUUGUAAAUCAAGAAAUAUAUAAAUAAUUGUGAAAAAUAUUGGUUCUUCUGUUGAUUAAUUGAUUACCGUUCGUGGAUAAGAUGUCGACGGAUCAACUGGUGAGGUUCCAGAGAAACUCCAGCGGCUCCCGGGGCUGCAGCAGGGUUCCCUGGUUUCGUAGGCAGGCACCUCGUCGACUCCACCAUAUUUUAUCAAUAAGAACGAAAAUAAUUUCUCGCGAUAUUUCUGUGCUGUGUAAGAGCUGUUUAUCCUUUAAUCAAAUGCGUUGAUUAUUUUUAUUGGCAUUGUAACGUUGAGAUGUUAUCUCAAUAGAAUAAGAAUAGAACUCGACGUUUGACUGUUUCAUCUUAGCACGGAAAUACGAGGUUUGCGUGUGAACCUAACAAGUAAAAGGUUACGAGCAUAAAUAGGCAAUAUAAUGAAGCACAGGGUAAAGAUGGCCUGGGUAGUAACUCAUAAUGCACCCAAGAGCCAUGAAUAUUCAACGUACACGCAGUAUAAAUUCCAUCCUUACCUCUUUUCCUCCCACCCCCAACAACAACUUGUCUUGUACACCCAAUCUCACAUACAAAACAUACAUAUGCGUAUAAUUCACGGAUACAUCUAUAUAACCCUGGAAAUAGCCGGAGAUACCGCUGGUUAGAUAAAUUAUUACGGCUCAAAUAUCAAUUAGAGUUGGUCACAAGUGCGUUCACACUUUCCAGUGGUGACGACUUCUAGGUGGAAUUCGGUCCAAUCAGUUGGAUAUUUGAGCCCCGGGGGGUUUCGAAAUAUUUUUAUCGCUUCACUGUCGAAAUUUCGAAAAGAAGUUCGCUUCACGGAGAGAAAUACGAUUUUUUAAAAUUCCGGGUAAAUUUUUUUCAAGACUCGUGCGAUAUUAUCGCAAAAUGUAAUGGGCAAUGAAUAUAUUAUAUACUUGUAUGUUAUUUAGUUUUAUUUAUUGAUUUAGUUUUUAUUGAGUGGUCGUUUCGUAGGUAUAAAAUAUCCAUUUGUCUGUUAUCUAUUUAUAUAUUAUGUAAAAUAUAUAGUUAUUG